AUGUCAUGUUCAAAAAUAUUUUCAGGAGAUUUGCCUGAAUUAACAUAUGAUAUUAUAAAAUAUUUUAAAAAUGAUUUUUCAACAUUACAUUCAUGUAUUUUAGUCAACAGAUUAUGGUGUCGUUUAGCGAUUCCAUUAUUAUGGGAAAAUCCAUUUUCAAUUUCUACAAAAAAUUAUAAUUUUAUUGAAUUUUACUUAAAUAAUUUAAAUAAUGAUUUAAGAUCAAAAUUAAAUGAAUAUAAAAUUAAUGAUAAUUUAUUACCAUCGAGUACACUUUUUAACUAUCCCAGUUUUAUAAAGUAUUUGAAUACGGGGAGUAUUUUUUAUUCUAUUAGUAAGUGGUUUGAUUCUUUAAAACCUGGAAGAAGAUAUUUUUUACUAGAUUCGGAUUCAGGUUCAGUACUUGAAUUUAAAAAAUUAAUUAGUAUGUUACUAUUUAAAUUGUUUAUUGAGAAUGAAGUGAAUUUACAUAUUUUUGAAAUUGAAGUUAUUAAUUAUUUACCUUUUGAUUUCUAUCUUGAUGAUAUUCUUGAAUUAAUAUUACAAAAUCAAAAUUUUAUCCAUAAUAUUAAAAAUUUUAAACUUUAUAUUAUGGUUGAUUAUUCAAUUGAUAAUAUUAAAAUUAAAUCGAUUAAUAAUCGUAUAUCAGAAAUGAUUUCUAAUUCACAUCAAAUUCUUAAAAGGGUUGUAAGGAUUGUAUUGAGUUAUAUAAGUUUUCCUAUAUAUCAAUCAUUAUUAUUAUCAAAUAAUUGUUCAAAUUCUUUAAAUACAAUCAUAUUUUAUCACAUCGAUUUUCAUGAUAUAAUCAAUUUAGAUAAAGUAUUUGAACAAUUUAAUGUUUUAGAAUCUGUUCAUAUAUUUAAAUGUUUUUCUUUAAAUAAUUUUACUCAACAAAUUAUUAAUUCAACUAAACCAUUUAAACUAAAAUCUUUUUUUUUAAGUGAGAUGAUAAAAAUUGAAUCAUUAGAAUUAUUAUUACAAAAAUCUUGUGAUUAUUUAGAGAAUUUUUGGUAUUUUUUUAUGUAUAAUGAUCAUGAUCUACAAUUAUUAGAAUUAAUUUUAAAAUAUUGCAAAAAUAUCAAAUUUCUUGAUUUAUAUAAUUUUAAAAAUCAGUUCAAUUAUUUAGUUUUGGAUUUAAUUGAAGAUAUGAGACAAAAACUUAAUUAUCUUACUAUUGAUAUACAUUAUUUUACUGAACCCAAUCCACUAAAAUUAGAAUAUUUAUGCUUGGAACUUAAUAUUUAUACAAAUGAUUUUGAAAUAUUCUUGAAAAAUUCUCAGUAUACUUUUAUUAACAAGUUAGUAAUCAAAAAUACUAGUGGAGAUCAUGACAAUAUGUUAUCCUGUAUAAAAGAAAAUAUUAUGAAAAAGAAAAGAGUCAAAUAUUUAGCUAUUAUGGAUGCAGUCUUUGAUGAAUAUAAUACUAUCUCUGAAAAUAUAGAUUUGUUUUCAUUGGAAAAUGAAGUGAAGGAAUUUGAGUUUUAUAAUAUUAUAGUUCGAGAAUAUAUUGAUCUGAAGUUUAAUUUGACUGACAUAAGUUUUGAAAAAAUUUAAAGUAGAUCAUAUAACUUUUGUUUUGAUUUAUAAUAAUUAUAUAUAUUAUUUUAAAAUUAGUAAUCUAAUAUGUAUUACUAGUUUAAAAGCAAAUAUAUAAUGUAAUAAUGCUUAUAAAAGUUUUAAUUAAAAUAAAUAUUCUUCAUAUGUUUAUUGCAUCCAGAAGUAUAUAAGAAUCGUUAUUAAAUCUUUAAUUAUUUUAC